AUGUCGUCUCCCGGCUUUUGGAGUAUUUUUGCAUCUAUCCGAUCCAACCACGGUUCAGCUGCUUUAGGCAGUGUGAGAGAGUACUGCAACCAGGCUACAAAGAUUAUUCGCUUGGAGUGCCAUCAAUGCUUCAGCCAGGAGUGCCUCAAGCAUAAAGUCAUCCCUCAAGCUCUCCGUUGUCGGCCGCUUGUGGAUACACCGCACGGCCGAAAGCUGGUCCGGAUCUGCGGCAUCGACUGUUUGAAAGCCCGAGUCCUCGAGAACAAGGUCAAACUCAACGACUCCAGUCAUCGACUUGACUUAGCCGAGAAAACGUUGUUGCGGACCCUUCAACCCGACGAGAUGCGCCAGAUUUUCAGCGCCCGGAAACAGGCUGAGCUGCUUGAGAGACAGAAGCAGACCGAUAUUCAUGACAAGGCGCUGUCCCUGCUCCUGCCAAAGAAAGCUCUCGUUCGGUACUGCAACAAUGUAUUCAACCUGUCAUCGAAGACACUUUCCGACGGCCAUGUGAGUCUGCUCUCGAAGGGCUUAGAUUUCACCCUCGCGCCCCGCGCAGUUCCGAUAAGGGAGAUUGUAGUGGAAAUCGAAGACAAGCUCCGCCACAUCAAGGACUUAACUGGUGUCAAUCUGGCACGCAGCCGCAUCGCGACCACACUUAACAACGUGAAAGGACUACCUUCCAAUCUGUCCAAACAGGAACAGUCCGCAUUGCGUGACUUACGCUUAGAUAAAUCCAUCAUCGUCCUUCCAACUCACAAAGGUAAAGGUACGGUUGUACUAGACAGAGAGCACUACGAUGCAAAGAUGAAGGAGAUCCUUGAAGAUGCUACGCAUUUUGUCGCUUUGCCGCGCGACCCAACUCCGAAAUCGGAACACUGGUUGGUUGACCACCUACGUAAUUUAAAGAAGAGGGACCACCUAGGUGAUGCUACCUACCGUCGCCUUUUCUCCUCGAACGGAGCCACCCCCGUGCUCUACGGUCUCCCCAAGAUACACAAGCCAGGAUGCCCCUUGAGGGCUAUUGUCUCGUUCGCUGGGUCACCGACAUACAACCUAUCCAAAUACUUGGUGGAACUCAUAGCUCCGGUCACCGGUAACAACACCUGA